ACUAUCAUUGACCAAAGAGUCGCAUUUCACUAUUAUGUAGUAUUAAACCGACUUUGGCCGUAUGCAUGAUUUUAAUUUCUCCUCUCUCUGCUGGUGGGAUUCGGAUGCUGAGACUGCUGCUAAUGCAGUUUGCCCCAGUGCUCCUGUUGCCAGCUGCCAAUAUACACGUGUUGCAUAAUUAGGAUAUAUACUGCAGCGACAGGGUGGGUAAAUAUUUGAAUUGCACGCUGAUUAAACACGGUCCAUUGACCUUUCCGAUCUAGAUGUUGCGCAAUAUGCAGGACGAAUUAAUGCAUGUGCUCUGGAAGGUUCGUCGGAACCAUGCUGAUUAUAAUGAGCGUAUUGGCACUGCUUGCGUUUUGCCUGGCGAGAUUACGGAAACACCCCGUGGAUAAGCUGCCGGGGCCGCCGGCGCUUCCGUUCGUUGGGAACGUAUUCGCCCUUUUAGGGUCUCCAAGCGUUUUUGACAAGUACAACGGGUUUGCUCGUGAAUACUGGCCUUUGUACCGCACGUGGCACUUCACCACCCCCGUGGUUCACCUGCUGUUGCCCGAGCACGUAGAGAAAGUGUUGGCGAGCGGCAAAAACACGCGGAAAAGUCGAGAUUACCGCUUCGUCGAGAGCUGCCUCUUCUCCCCCCGCAAUGGUCCGAGGUGGGACACUCGACGGGAAAUCCUGACGCCGUCUUUUGAGAGUUGUUUCGAGGGCCUGCAGACGAUCAGCGAACACGCGGCUGUGCUGACAGAAAAAUUGGAGCUUCUGGCCGAUCAGCAGCCUGCAAUCGAUAUUGUCCCCUUGAUUUCCCUCUGCGCCCUCGACAUCAUCUGCGGUGCAAAAAAUUAUCGACAGGUUGCUCUUGGGAGGAAAAUUCACGCCAUGCAACAGGAUUCCCAACACAUUGAAAUUGUUAAUUGCGUUCAGAGGAUAAUGGGGCUCAUUGUCUAUCGCUCCAUGCGUCCGUGGCUUCAUCCGGAGUGUAUUUUCCACGUCUCGCCGACUGGAAUCGAGUUCAGGCGAUGCCUGCGCACUUUGCACGGCUUCAUGAGAGAAAUUAUUGCUGAGAAGCGACUGGAAAGGGCGCAAAAAUUGACUGAGAUAAAAAUCGUGCCGAAUUCGAUGGAAAAACUCGAGGAGAAAACGACAACCGACGGAAUGAGUGCAAAGAAUGGCCGCAGCUUUCUGGACCUUUUGCUGGAGCUAAGUGAGGGCGAAAACGGAGACCUAUCAGAUCAAGACAUCUGUGAGCAAGUCGACAGUUUUAUGUUCCGAGGUCGCGACACAACAUCCAGCUCGAUAUCUUGGGCGCUUUUCUACUUGGGGUGCAAUUCUGAUAUCCAGGAGGAUGUUUUUAAGGAAAUAAAUUUAAUUUCAUCAAGUACAAGUUUUGAUGAUAUUAGCUCAUUAACUUUAUUGGACAGAGUAGUGAAAGAAACCUUACGGCUCCGUCCACCUGUGCCUCUGAUUUCUAGAUUUCUCGACGAACCCUUGGAAUUAGAUGAAAUAGAAUACCCAAAGGGCACUGCAGUCAACAUUCACAUUUAUAACGUUCACCGCAACCCAGAUAUUUUCAAAGAGCCCAAUAAAUUUGAUCCUGAUCGAUUUCUGCCUGAAAAUUCGGAAAGCAGGCACCCUUAUGCUUACAUUCCAUUUAGCGGCGGACCGAGAAAUUGCCUAGGCCGAAAGUUUGCCCUACUCCAGAUUAAAGUUGUGCUUGCAACUUUGAUAAGACGCUUCCGUUUUGAAUUUAGCGGACCCGACCGGGCCCUGCACGCCAGAUUUGGUUUUGCGAUUUACGCCUCGAUGAAUAGAUUUAGGCCAAACUAAAAUUAUAUAUAUUUGAAAAAUAACUACUCAGAAAAUUCCUGUUUGCAUAGAUAAAAUAAUUUAAUUAAUCAAAACCUUUCUAUAAUUUACUUUAACAAUUUAAUUGAACCUAC